AUGACUGGUCUCGGCCUCCUCUGCUGCGCCCCCGUGGCCCUCCUCGCCCUGUGCGGCACUUUGCUUCCCUCCGCGCUGCGGCAGCUUACCUCGGGCGCCGUCGGCCUGACGCAGAGCGGCGUCGUCGCCCACGCGUUAUCGAGCGCGAAAGCCUUUGCCGUCGAGCGGCCGGUGCAAUCUGUUGCUCUUGUGGGCGGCGUUAUGACCGCUUCGCCCCUCGUGCUCCUCCUCCUUGCGGUCGGCGCCUUUUGGUACAUCGUCCUCUUCCCGUUGACGGUGCCCCUCACCCUCUACCUCGGCUACACUCGCCUGUUGCCGCCGCUGAGGGAGGUUCUCACUGACCCCGCCACCGGAAGACUCGAGUGGCAGUGGCCCAAGCACUGCGCGUAUCGGCCCUACGCCGAGGUCCCCUCGGGCGACUCAGAGGACGAGUCGGACGACGCCUACAUGCACCUUGACGGCCUGCGGCCCGUCCGCGCCGCGCCGAGGAUCCGGAAGGAAGACCAAUGA